GUGGGCGCUAGGAGGAGAACGCGAUGAAUGAGUUCGCCCCUCGCCUCGGAGUUGACUGAGUUGGCGGCGCCGCGCCCGGGCUUCCGGCUCUCGGCUCCCCAAGCGCUCGCGGCUCCCGGGGCUGCAGCCCACGCCCGCGGCCGGGGCUGUGCCCGCCACGCCGGGGAGCCGAGGCUCUGGAGCUCCUUUCCCGGCUCCAGUCCGGGGGAAAAAGGAAGGUUGUCCCUGGCCGAGGCGCACGGCCGCGCGCUUUCCUGCACUCUCCGCGGCCCCAUCUGUCUCUCCAUGGCGUCUCAUCAACAAUCCCGGAUCCAGGCUUACCUGGAGAAGAACAAGAUCGGUCCCCUGUUUGAGGAAUUAAUGACCAAAUUAAUAACUGAGACACCUGACCAGCCAAUCCCAUUUCUCAUUGACCAUCUUCAGUCUAAACAAGGAAACCGUGGACAGCUUCAAAGAACUUUAUCUGGAUCUGCAGCUCUCUGGGCAGAAAGUGAAAUAUCAGAUCAUAAAGGAACAAGAAGGGAUUUCAGAAGCUAUGAUAAGCCUUGGCAAUUAAAUGCGAAGAAGCCUAAAAAGUCAAAAAGUGACCUUGCUGUGUCUAAUAUUUCCCCACCAUCACCAGAAUCCAAGUCAUUGCCAAGGUCAGUAGAUCAUCCUAACUGGAACUGGCGAAUUAAACCAGAAAGCUGUGAUUUUGAUGAAUUGGACCACAUCCUUCAAGAGAGCAAGAAGCUGGGAAAAGCCCUUGAAAAUCUUUCUCAAAGUAUUGCAAUUUCAGAUGAACUCGAUAAGGAAACAGUGGCAUUUAAUUCUUCUCUUCUGAGACCCCGUGUGAUUGGAGAAUGGAUUGGUCGAGAAGAGAACGACGCUGACCCACUAGCGGCUGAAAUGCUACAGCCCCCAGUACCAAGAAGUAAAAAUGAACAGUGGGAAAAUGAAGAGAAUAGCUCUAGCCCUGCAGGAAGCUUAAAGGUGGAGCCCAAGACUAAAGGAUUAAAACAGCAGCAACAGCAACAUAAGAAACUUCUGGCAGCAAUGCUCUCUCAAGAUUCUUUUGAGUCUCUCCACAGCCCUACUCCAUCUGUAACAGAAGAAGAUAUUGAUAAUGAAGAUGAUGCAAUGGAAUUGCUGGAGGAUCUCGAUGAUUUAAGAAUGGAGGGAGUAACUAUGCUUGCACCUUCUGGGAGCAAAUUUAACCAAGGUCGUGCUACUUAUCCUGCUGAACUUCAGGCCAAGGUCACAUUGAACAUCUGUUCAAGGUGUGCCAGGCUUCAAGGAGAUAACCUGGCAGAAAGGACAGAAGAGACGCCACAAGUACUUCUUUCUCCAGAUGAAAUAGUCACAGAUUCUUUGGAUUCCUUACCAAGGACUGAAGAAGCACUAAUGGAAGAGGGUGAAGAAUUAGAGAAAGCAUCUAAAUUAACGGGACUUGGAGAAGCCCCCAGUGGAGGACAGUCACUGAAAAACUACAUGGAAGAAGACGAAUCUUUAAAGCAACUGCAAGUAGUUCAUCAGCCGUGGAUCUUGCCAAGUGACACAGAAAGUGAUGGAGUAGAAGCAGAACAAGAUAAACGUUCUGCUGACCUUCUCCUUUGUGUGCCGUGCUCCUCUUGUCCUGCCCUGGUCUACUCUGGUUUGUGAAGCAGGCAGAAGUUCCAGGUGGUCCUUAAAGAAAUUGCAAUUAUUCAAAUCCUUAUGUAUAGUUCUAAUUUUAUUUACUAUGUGUAAUCAUUUAGAGAAUGGUUAUUUUUAUAAUAUCGAUAAUAAACAAGAACUCUUGUGACCAGGGGGUGCCUAAG